GACCGUUAAUAUAGCAGCGCGGUGCUGCGGUGCUGCCUACAAAUCACCGACGGCUGCAAAAACACCUGAAAAUCGACAUGAUGCUAGCUUUCAGCAUGUCCACCGCCGGUUUCCUGCUCCUCGUAGUCAUCAUAGCAGCAGCUUCCUCUUCCUUCACCGGCGUCCACGCGGGCGCCGCCUGUGCGCCCAAGGAGAGGGACGCCCUCCUGGCGUUCAAGCAAGGCAUCACCAGCGACCCCGGGGGCCUCCUGGCGUCAUGGCAGCCAGAAGAUGAGCAUGACUGCUGCCAAUGGGGAGGAGUCCAGUGCAGCAACCUUACGGGCCAUGUCCUCGAGCUGCACCUCGGAGGCGGAGGUCUGACCGGAGAGAUAAGUCGUUCUCUGCUCUCCUUGCAGCAUCUUGAAUAUGUCAAUGUCAGCAUGAACAGCCUCCAGGGGCCGACCGGCCAAGUCCCAGAGUUCCUGGGAUCUUUCAAGAACCUAAGAUAUCUUGACCUCUCUAACAUACCGUUUUCCGGUAGGGUGCCUCCUCAGCUUGGCAACCUCUCAAAGCUGCAGUAUCUUGAUCUUUCAAACACUGGUUCGCAGGAGCAGUACAUGUACUCUACUGAUCUCUCGUGGUUAACACACCUACCUUUGUUGCAGUACCUCAACAUGGGGUCGGUAAAUCUUGGCAUGGUAACUGACUGGCCGUAUGUGGUGAAUAUGUUGCCUUGUUUGAGGGUCCUUAUUCUCGAUGAUUGCUCGCUAACAAGUGCAAACCAAUCGCUCCCACGCCUUAACCUUACAAACCUUGAGGAGCUCGAUCUCUCCUUGAAUAGCUUUCACCACCCAGUUGCAUCUUGUUGGUUUUGGAACCUAAGAAGCCUAGUGUACCUCUCGGGAACUGAGCUGUACGGACAACUUCCAAGUACGCUGGGAGACAUGGUAUCCCUUCAAGUACUAGAGUUGUCAUAUAAUAGUAAUAAUAACUUGAGCAUGACGACGACAAACUUGAAGAACCUAUGCAACUUGACUGUUCUAGCUCUUGAUGCAUCUCUUUCAUAUGGAAAUAUAACAGAGUUGAUUGAGAGGUUGCCGCAGUGUUCAUCAAACAAGUUGCAGGAGUUGCAUCUACAGUCAAACUACCUGGUAGGGUUCCUACCAAGCAACAUGGGGCACUUGGCCAGUAUAGUCACUCUUGUUCUCAGUGGUAACAACAUUACUGGACCUCUCCCAGCAUUUAUAUGGCAUUUUGCACAUUUGAGGACCCUUGACCUCUCUGCCAACCACCUCACUGGACAUGUGCCAUCUGAAAUAGGUAUGCUAGCUAAUUUGACUAAGUUGGAUCUAAGAGGCAAUGACUUGGAUGGUUCGAUCACAGAAGAACACUUGGACGGUUUACAAAGCUUAGAGUACAUAGACUUAUCUAAGAAUCAAUUGAAGAUUGUGGUGGGUUCAAAAUGGCUACCCACGUUUAGACUACAAGAAGCAUAUUUUGCAUCGUGCCAGGUCGGUCCUCUAUUUCCUGCAUGGCUUAAAUGGCAAGUGGAUAUUCUUCGGCUUGAUAUCUCAAACACAGGUAUAAUAGAUAGGCUUCCAGAUUGGUUUUGUAAUACAUUUUCAAAGGUCACAUUCUUGGAAAUCUCCAAUAAUCAAAUCAGUGAUGGCUUGCCAACAAAUAUGGAUAUCAUGUCAUUGGAUGCACUAUAUUUCAGUUCAAACAACCUAACCGGUCAAAUACCUCCAUUGCCAAGAAACCUCAGCGUGUUGGAUAUCUCGAGAAAUUCUUUAUCAGGACCCUUGCCAUCAAAUUUUGGAGCGCCAAAUCUAGAUUUGAUUGCAUUGUAUUCUAAUUACAUCAGUGGUCAGAUACCAACAUCUAUCUGUGAAUUGAGCUUGUAUGGCUUGGAUUUGAUAUCAGGUGUCAUACCUCCGCAUCUAUCAAAUCUAACGUUUAUGACAAGAAGAUAUAUACUGGAUCCUUACAAGGACGUUCCCGCCGGGUUCCAAGAUAUAAUUGGUGAAUUAUUAAUAGACACCAAGGGACAACAACUCAAUUACCAUGGUGCGGGUGUUUUGGAGAUACUGAGCAUUGACCUCUCAUCGAACCAUUUAACCGGUAAAAUUCCAGACGGGAUAACAUCUCUCGAUGGAUUGGUAAAUCUGAACUUAUCUCGAAAUCAACUGAAUGGAGAAGUUCCUGACAAGAUUGGGGCCAUGCAGUCGUUGGAGUCACUUGACCUCUCCAACAACAAUCUUUUUGGAGAAAUCCCAUCAAGCAUAUCAAAUUUGACAUUUUUAAGCAUUUUGGACUUGUCUUAUAAUAAUCUAACAGGAAGAAUACCAUCAGGACGUCAACUUGACACUCUCUACACAGGGAAUCCCUCUAUGUACGACGGAAACACCGGUCUAUGUGGGCGUCCUCUUCAAAGGAAUUGUGGAAGCAAUAAUACAUCUGAGCAUGGAGAUGAAAAGAGAGAUGAACAUCAUUCUGGGCCAAUGUUCUUUUACUUUGGACUUGGCAUCGGAUAUGUAGUUGGUCUAUGGGUGGUGUUUUGUGCCCUACUAUUCCAGAAAGCGUGGAGGAUUGCUUAUUUUCGCCUAGUCGGCAGGUUUUAUGAUAAAAUUUAUGUGUUUGUGGUUAUAACAUGGAAAAGCUUUACUAGAAAGGCAGACGUACGCUAAGUGCUAAAAAACAACUAACGGUGAUGUGGCUCCCACUGUAAUGGAGUUCUACGAAUACUUGGAAGGUGAACAGGUGAAGUGGCAUUUAGCAACAUCUAUAUUAGAUUGUGUAUCUUGUUUUGGGUGAAGCUGUAAUAAUUGGUGUUCAUGUAAUGCUUGUAAUGCAUAUAUAUAUAUAUAUAUGCAGAUAUUUAUUUGUACUCAUCGGUCAUGAUGAACCCAGUGAUUUGGUUUUCUUCUCUUCCAGUUCUUAUUCCAUUUAUGUUAGUUCAAAGACCUCUCUCCCUCUCCUCUGUAUUAGAUGUCAAAGAGAAGAUUUGGUCCAUAUUAUACCUUUUUAGAUGGGAGAUUACUCGGCU